CAGCGGCGGAUCCGUUUUGGCGGGCGGUUGGCGUUGCGCAGAAGGCGGCGGUGGUUCCUUGUGGUCCGGCCUCUUCGCAGAGGAACGGGGACAAGGUUAGGGUGAGAGAACGCUCUCAAUCCCGGGAACCGGGUGGCCUUAGUCCUUCAGGUGAAACAUCGUGCGCUAUGGGAAAGAAAACCAAGCGAACAGCCGAUAGUUCAUCUUCAGAGGAUGAGGAGGAGUACGUCGUGGAGAAGGUGUUAGACAGACGGGUGGUUAAGGGACAAGUGGAAUACCUACUCAAGUGGAAAGGUUUUUCUGAGGAACAUAAUACCUGGGAACCUGAGAAAAACCUGGAUUGCCCUGAAUUGAUCUCAGAGUUUAUGAAAAAAUACAAAAAAAUGAAGGAAGGUGAAAACAAUAAGCCUCGGGAGAAAUCAGAAAGCACCAAGAGAAAAUCCAGCUUUGCCAACAGUGCUGAAGAGAUCAAGUCAAAAAAAAAGAGAGAGCAGAGCAAUGAUAUUGCCCGGGGCUUUGAGAGAGGACUGGAGCCAGAAAAGAUCAUCGGGGCAACAGAUUCCUGUGGAGACUUAAUGUUCCUAAUGAAAUGGAAAGACACCGAUGAAGCUGACCUGGUCCUUGCAAAGGAAGCCAAUGUAAAAUGCCCACAGAUUGUGAUAGCAUUUUAUGAAGAGAGACUGACGUGGCAUGCAUAUCCUGAGGACGCGGAAAACAAAGAGAAAGAAACAGCCAAGAGCUAAAGCAGGGGUGGCCUCUGUCAUUUCUCUUUGUAUAUAUUACACAUUCACUUCCCCACUGCCUCCCCUUUCCCUUCCAGUCCCACUACUCCUUCUGUCCUAAACACAUCCAUAAAAAAAAAUGUGCUUAUUACUGUGCUACACAGAAGAAAUGUUGGUAUUGGUUCUCAUAACAUUACUGAUGGUCUGAUUCAUGAUGUGUUUCUAGUGAAGACCAGCCAUUUACAUACUGUGUGUAAUCCACCCCAUUCUCCCUUUGCCCUGACUCUCCCCUUCUCUUCUCACCGACUCCUACCCCAUUCUUCCCCCCCAAGAUGAUGUUUAGCUUUUUAAUCAUCUUAGAGUCUUGAUCUUUUUCAGGAUUGGAUUUGAGGGUUUUGUUACAAUGACGAUCAUUUUAGUUAUUUGCUUUGGUUUCAUUCAGUGUAUUGAUGACCAGCAGGCCUCAGAAUUGAGGUGUCGGGAUAGGGUGGGGAAUUAGGGAAAUUUUGCAGGCUAUACUUUGCCUGAUUUUUAUAAAGCCACUAGCAACUUUGUUACCUGCUAGACUUUCCCCAGGCCCAAGAACACAGUGUGCCCAGUGAGGUCAUGUGGACCUUGCUCCCUAACCUCCCAAUAUAAAUACUUGGGGCCCUGGAAACAUUAUAAAAAUAUUUCUUGAAGUACCUCGGCCCCCUAAACUCAUGUCUUUUAGCAGGCUUUAUUUGCAAAAAGAGUCCAAAGUGACAGGAUUGUUAACAGUUUGACUUGUUAGCUGUAGUGCAUGUGGAUGGGGAGGAAAUCUAGUUCAUUUCUUUUUGUUAUUAACAUGAGGUAUAUAUAUAUAUAUAUAUAUUUUAUAUAUAUAUUACUCCCUUCCUCUUAUCUGGACUGUGUAUUUAUGUAAGUGUGAGUGACUACCUGGUGCUUGUGCCAAGAUCCUGGGUGUUUCUCUCUCUCUUUCUCUCUCUUUCUUUCUCUUUCCCCUUGCCCACUCGUUUCCCUUUUUCUUUCUCAUCUCCUUUCUUUCCUCGAUUCCUCCCCUCUCUUCAUCACUGCCAAUUCUUGUAGCCUCCCAAAGCAUUCUUAACUACCAAAGAGGCUUCAAACCAUUCCCCCAACACACUUUGUUCUUCUUACUCACUCUUAGGGAAGCUAAGUCUCUUAACACUCCCCAUUCUCUCCACACACCAUCAUUAAAGUGGAUAAAGGGAAAGCUCUCUGAGAAGAGCCAUUGGCUACAGCACCAACUAUGAAAAUGUAUCAUAUUUAAGGUUCCAGAUAUCUUCACUUCUUGAUUUUGGCCUCCGUUUGUACAUUUUUUAAAUUUUUUGAUGGGAUUUCCUCACUUUUCUGGAAUGUGGCCCUAGUAAAGAACUAGCUGGGCUGAAGGUGGCUAGACUUUUGCAUCUUGACACAACCUCCUGUUGCUCUCCCCAUCAAAAUAGAUUCUUCUUUGAUUUCUUAAUGUAGUGUAAUGUAGUAUCCUAAUCCUACCUUUCUCUCCUUCUCUCAGGCUAAGAAAUAGGUCAUUUCUUUUUCUCUUUGUGGUUGGAGUUUAGCAAAUCAUGUAAAGAAAAGGCAAGAAUUUAGGGAUUGUAAACUACAGUCCUAGUUACAUAGAAAUAUAAAUAAGUUUAGAAUUAGCCUUAACUCCAUAGGAUCAAUUGCCCCCCGAGACUGGUUUUUGUUUUGUACACACUUAACUCUCUGGAAAGAAACAUUCUACCAUUGCUAGAAUGUUCAGAGUAAAGGGAAAUAGAUAUAUUUCUCUAAUCUAUAGAUUUCAGUUCAUAUGCAAAUCAUGCAUUUAAUCAUAGUGUUUGUGAACUCCCUUACUUGGCAAUUCAGCGACUGGUUUGAGUUUUGUGCAUUUUAAAAAAUUACCACAGACACCAUACUACACUGCUCUGUAGACAAGACAGGUGUUUCUUUCUAUAGUUUAGACAGGCAUGAUGGUGCUUGAGUUGAUCACCAGAAGGUGUUCCCCAUUUGUGGCACUGUGAUUUGGUAACAUGAAAUUCUCUACCUUCAGUGAUUAGAAGAUUUUAAUCUCUUCUCUCUCUGUUUCUACAUAACAACAAAGACCUUAAACAAUUGAGGCACAAGAACAAUUAAGAGUUGAUCAUACUUGAUGAAAGAAAAAAAAAUAAUUGGUAAGAUACCUGAGGGCAAUGAUUCUCCUACUCCUUAGCUGGAAACUGGUAGCACAAAAUCUUUAAGUAGGUAGGCUACUUUUGGGCCUGCUGUUGACAGCAAUCGUUGUCAAGUGAUCUUUUGAAUGAAAUUGAACAGCUUAUGCGAGACCUAUGAAAAGUUCAUUGUAUUCUGGUGUUUUUCUUCAGACAAAUGAUUCCUAGGUCAUGCACUGUUCCUCACCACACUAAUUCCCACCUUUAUCCUCUUUCCUGUCUAUUCUUUCGUCAUCCUUUGGAUACCAGUGCCACACUGGAUCUUUGUCAGUACUGCUUUUACUUCCAUCCCUAUAUCCCCCAUCACAGUUAUCUGUGAUAACUGUUUUUUCAGGAAUGUAGGGGGAAGCCUUAGGUGACUGACUUCACCCUUCCUUCCCUCCCUCCUUUUAUAUAAGACUGCUGUCAAAGUUUUAACAGCAGAUGUCUGCCUACCAUCCUAGGAAUUCUUUUUCUUUUUUUUCUUUAAGUAAAACAGCUGAUGUAGGCUUUCUUGGUCCUUGAGAAAGUAGAUUCAAGUAGGACCAUGUUUCCCUGGAACCCUGUGGCCCUCAGAGCAGUUAAUAGCUGUGGUUUAAAUAUUUUCAUGCCCAGGUCUUAGAGAUUAAAAGUAUUUGUUGGACUUUGAAAUUGUCAUCCAAAACCUGUGAUCGUUUCCAAUAAGUUUUAAAUACCCUCGUCUCUUCCAUAUUCUUCAGACAAACCAAAUGGGAUAAAUUUGGAGGGGAGUGGGGCAGCCACAGGACAAGCAGAUCGCCCUCAUAUGGCAAUCUUAAACUGUCCAGCUUCUGGGAAUAUCAGCAGGAAUAAAAUCAGUCUCCUUUCCCCCCUUUUAUACAGAAAUCCAGUUCUAUCUAUUUUAGGAAGCUGCUGCUAUCUUCAGAUUAUCUUAAAUCAGAGAAAUUCCUACACUCUCCUUAUGCUCCUUGGCAUUUUUCUUUUUUUAUGUGUUACGUAUGUUAAAAUCAUUAAAAGAACAGUUCAUGAAUUUAAAAAGUAAAUUUCAUGUGAAACUGUGAGUACAUGUGACUAGACCGAGUGAGUUGUGCCCAAUCCCUUUGGUCUGGUUACAUGAUUCUGAUACAGAGGAUCAUGGAGGUGGCUCCCAAUCUAGGAUGGGACAGAUCCUGUGAUCAUUCAGGACCACUCUUGAUCUAAAUGCAUGUUGUGUUCUUAGAUUGUCACUAAUGAUGUGUUUCAGGUUUUAAUUGUUUGCUUGAUGAUUAAUAACUGGGAACCUAUUUUGUAGGUGGCAGUUGUGACUGGCAGAGGGUUGAGAUGUUGUCAUAGGUCUCCUACUUUGUGAAAUAGAUUCCCUGAUGUUUAUGGCAUGACAAGAAGAUUGUGUCUGCCAGAACUUUGUCAAUUCUCUUCCAGAUAUCAGAGUUGACAUUUGAGGUGCCAUAUUAUCCAUCUUUGCAGUUAAUAUUCCUAGAACUGAGACAAUAUCCUAAAUGGCCUUUAUGUCACUGUAUAGGGGCAGAAACUUGGUAGCACUAAGAAACCGUCAAUGAGAAAAUGGAUCUCCUUUUUCCUCUUAAUUUGCUCAUUAGUAUUAGUUUUUGCAGUCAAUGUAAGCCCCAAAAGGUUGGUCUAGAUCUAGAAGUUCAAGUUUGAGUGAUGUUCCUUCAAAACAAAGAAAGAAAUCAUCUGAUGGAAUUUCAAGUGCUCUAGCUUGAAUCAGCAUCUCUCUUGGUUCAAUUUCAAUCAGAUGUUGGUUCUUUCCCUGCAGGUUGCUUAGUUAUGAAAUCAUGGGUGAGUCAUACAUUGUGUCUUUAAGGUCCACCUUGUACUUUUAACUCAUAUCUUUAGAAGAAUCUCGACUUCUUUCCCAGUUCUAUUCACUUUUGCCCCUAGGAAGCUCACCGUACUGUCAAUCUCAGCAGAUCAAAUCAUAAAGACUUGGGUAUGCAUAAACACAUGUGCCAAAUGCAUUAGGAAUCAUUCUUGUAUUUUUCUUGACCCUGAGGAAACGAUGGAUUUUAACCACUACAGUUUAGAGUAACUGUGAGUUAUAUGAUAGGACUGGGUCCCUCCAAAAUGUGAUAGUCAUUCUUAAUUCCUUGGAUUUGGCUAGUAAGGAAGUUAGAGGGGGACUUGUUAGAGGAGAGGGUUUGUGGUACAGAGGAGAGGCAUUUCCUAGUUGUCUGGGGGCUUAGGUUUUGGGUUAGAGGAAACUAAAACUUUUGCCAACCUUGCUAGAGAGUUAUCUAGUCCACCUCUCAGGUUAAAGGAAGCUUCAUAACAGGUGUGCCCCAUCAUCACACUGACUUUAUUCUCCCGUUAUUAGGACAAAUGAGUAGUGGUUUAUGUGCUUCUCAGAUUACAGGUCUUUCCAUUCGUAGCCCUGCCCUAGAUUCCUGGUGGUCUGAAUUGAAAGCUGCUGCUGGAGUGCAUUUGGUAUGCAUUCUCCUUUACAAAAAGAGAGACCAAGCUCAGUGCCCUUUGCACAUUUGUAGAGAAAUCCUUUACAUUUCUGAUUUCGUGUGUUCCUUAAGGUAUUUAUUAAGGCCUUAUCUCCUCAGGACCCAAUUCACUGAGGUUUUGAGGUGAUGAAAGAGUGCCUUAUGGACCAGAUGGAGUAUUCAGGGAUCAGAGAAUUCUCGUUUGAACGAUAGUGUUUGGAAGUUAGUCACCAAUGUUCUGUUGGUAGGGUCUGCAUUAUGAGAUUUUUUAAUUUUCUCUAGUUGUGGUGAUGGAUCUGCACUGAUCCAUUCUCUUGCCUAGUUUUUUGUUACCAGUAGCAUGUAUCUGCAAGAUAUUGGCUCCAUGUUAGAAGUUAUCAUGGUCUGUAACCUUGGAAUAGAGGGACAUUAACUAUCCCAACCAGGAAAUCAGCCUAUGAUAUUGGCCUUUUUAUGAGUGGUGUAUUCUUUUCAGUUAUGUUAAGCUGGUCAUAGGUUUUAUCUGUGAGUGAUUCAUUUGACUCAUAACUCAAAAAAUGUUUUUGUCCUUGAAGAGGGGGGACAGCUUCUUUAUGAAAUGGGACUCCUUGAUCCUUGUUUCUGGCUUAGAGUCUUAAAACUGAAAGAGUAUCUGAUACAGUUGAAUCUUCAUGACUUAGGGUCUUUUGCGGCAGAAUUGGAUUAGAUAGCACUUUUGUGGAAUUUCCUUAUAGACAAGGACUUUGUCCCACACUUUUUUGUGCCGUCAUACUACCUAGCAUAAUGCUUUGUAUCUGAGAGAUUCUCAGUAACUGCCAGAUUUGCCCAAGCCUAAUUUAAGCUUAUAUCCUUGCUGUUAAAAAGCAUUUAUUUUGUUGAAUAGCUGCAUGUAUCCCCCUUUGGUAAAUAAGUAGGAAAACUUAAUGUUCUUUGACAGACUUUUUGCCAGAGCUAUUCAGUACCCUUUUAAAAAUUUCUUGGUCAAAUUUUUAAAAAGUGAUUAGGAAGUCUGAAAACAAGAAGGAAAGAAUAGGAACUUGGAUUAGCCACAUGUAAGCUGCUCCUCUCUUUGAAUGGGUGAAGAUUGCAAAAAUAUUUCCAGUUUUUUUUUUUUCUCUUCAGCUGAAUUUCUUGGGUUUUAAUCUACCUCAUUUUAUCAAAAUAAGUUUCUUCAGCUCGUGUCAUUGCUGCUUUCAAUGUCUUCAGUGACUAGAUUAUUUCCUAAGGGUGGUCACCUCACAGUGAACACAUGUUCUUUUGCCUUUUUUCUCCCCAUCUUUGUUUUCAUAUUGCUUCAUCCUUUCUCCUGGAACAGUUUUUUCCAUCUAACUCGUUUUACGUUUGUGGGAGGCAGCAUUUCUAGGGCCUAUUGCCUCUGAGAUUAGCAAGAAUCCAACCAAGAUUCAAGAAUUUUGAAACAAGUUGUUGAUGAAGGCGAGCCAGUCACUGGAGAAACCUGUGCUCAAAGGCAGCAUACAUAGAGCCAUUAAUUAAGACAUUUCAAAGUCAACUGAUUGUGGUCAUUAAUGUCAUAAUAGAUCAAAACCUCAUUAUCGCAGGCUCAGUAAGAGCCCUCAGUAUUAAUCGGAAAAUCUAAUAGGAAACUAUUAUGGAGAAAUUAGGCCAAAUUGAAUCCAAUGAACUUCCCAUCUUGUUAUGCUCUGUUUUAAGGUGUGACCUAUGAGGCCUGAUGCAAGCCCAAGUUUAGUCCAGCUCAUUUUGUAAAAGGUGCUAUCCUUCCCACAGCUUGAAAUUAGUCAACUAGAUCAUCCUUGUUUCAAAUACCCAACUCAAAAGUGUUCAUAUCUAGGUCUUGCAAGAAUUUGUUGGUUGACCUUUCAGGAACUAGUAUUUCCAAGUAUAGAUCCAUGUGUACACUGAGGAAUUUUAAGAGACAGAAGUUCUUAGCCUUUCCUUCAAAGCAGUUAAAGUGUAAUUGAAUUGCUAGGUUUGAGUUUGACGUGUUAAUAGUCUUUUUUGAGGCUGGCACCAGUGUUCCAAGUUUGAAAUAAUAUUUUCGCUAUGGAUAAAAUUUCUUCAACAUUCAAAGUUGAUCUGAAGAACUAAGAAUAGCUGCUCUUUAUGCCUUCUGUCUUUUUGUUGCUAAAUUAUUGGUUGAGAAGGAAAGAAUGAAGCAAAAUAUUAUGUUUAAUUGGAGAAAAAUGCAUUGGUUCAUGAAAUAGUGAGCCUCCUGUCACUGGAGGUAUUCAAAUCGAGGCUAUUUGACAACUUGGGAAUCUUGGUUGUAAACAGGAUUCAUAUUUUAGGAAGGGGGUUGGACCAGAUGCCUCUCUAUAACAAGUUUAAGUCAAAAGCCCCAUAUAAAUUUAAAAGCAGCUUUUAAACCAUCCUAAGUUCUAUUUAUAUACUAUUGAUCUUUAGUUGUUUUGAAAAUGCCGCAGUAUUGGAGAUGAGAUGUUACAGAAAGGGUGUCUUUUCAGGGGAGGAAGAGGCAGCAUGGGACAGUGAUGACUACUGCAGUCCUUGUCCUGCUCAGCUUUGUCCACAGAUUGGACAUCUGAUGGCAGCUUUCUCUGAAGAACUGGCAGCUCAGAGCAUUGCAGAGACCACCACUGUUGAGCUCUUCAUUCUCCCUCUCAGAAAAAGCAUCUGCUCACCUAUUGGUUUUUGAUCCUGAAGCAUUUCACUAUAGCACCCAAAAGAAUUAGUGACUUGAUCCUCCUCCCUGUCCCCAUCCUUGAUGUAGGUUGGGCUUGAUCUAAGAAAAUCUGAUCAUACUAAUGAUAGAUGUUAAAAACAAAUCCAUUGGAGUUGAAUGGGGGUAGGGGAAUAAUUUUUCACCUUACCAAAAGGAUUCUUUAAAUAGCAAAGAAAAAAAAAAAGACAAACACCUGCUGAGUUUAAAAUAUUUGAUUUCCUAAAACAAAACAAAAAUGUGCACAGCUUUACCAGAGAGUUCUUAUGAGCAAGGACUCUCUGUUGUGCCCUGUAACCUUGUACGUGUCCCAGGUGCUCCAGUAAGUGCUCAGUGUUUGUUGUUUAAGAACACCUUUUGUGCAAAGAGAGGUACACCUACACGCGUUCCUAUCAUGCAAACCUGCAAGAGUCCAAUCCGUUCUAUGAAGAUAGGGAGUCUAGGAGGAUGUAACACAGGAGUUGGGUGUGAUGCUAGGUCUGGUGUCUGCUGACCCCCCUCAACUGACUCAUGAUGGAUGACUUUGGGCAAGUCAUUUUCUCUCACUGCCUCAGUUCCCCCAUCUGCUAAAUGGGGGCAAUAAUACUGACCUACCUCACAGGGGUGUGAGGCAUUGCCAAUUGCUCAAAAAGUACUUUAGGAUCUUUAGAUGGAGGAUGCUGGGAGCUGAAGUCUAAGCCUGGCCCGGGCUUUAGUCCUCAUUGAACUGUCUCCAAGAGUGGAAUGACUUAGCAACCCAGGCCAUUUUUCUGUGUAUCCCAUACUCCCUGUUCCUCUAGUCACCUUUUCAUCAAAGCUGCUAAUUCAGAUGUUGACAGUGUUUUCAUAAAUGUUGGAGUCUAAUAGCCAAGAAAUAAUUGUGGAAUUUUAAGGGGGGUGGGGGGAGUAGGCACUUUGUUUUCUUUGUCUUUCCAUAGAGAAGGUGAAGGUGUUUCUCUAGUAUUUGGAUUCAAAUCCCCAUGGGGUAAGAGCAGAGACCCAGGCAGCAGUUUUUGAUACUAUUCUUUCUUGACUAUAUCCAUACAUUUACAACUGAUCUGAUCUUAGGACAGCAACAUCCUUAUGACCAUCUUUAUGGAAUCCGCUUCCUCCUGGGAUCUUGUGUGCCUCCCCUUCCUAUUUCCUAUGUAAGGGAAGAAUAUGUAUAUUGCCACAUUGGAAAUAACCAUUUUUAGAGUAUUGUUACAUUUAACACUCCCAAACUAGAGUGUUGAUGCUCCCUAAUAUUUCAUCCAAGCCAUUAUAUUCAGCAUCUAUUAUCUCUCUUCUCCUGGGUUCACAACAUGGACCUGACAUUGUUUUUACUGGUCUGGUUUGGAAUGACUUCCCUGGGUCAUGUUUGUUUUUUUUAGACAUGGGCUUAUGGACCUUACUCCUUUCUCGGUUUCAGGGGACUCAUCCAGUCCCUGUCCCCAAUAAGAUCCAUAUUUUCCUUCCCUUGCCCUCAUCCCUGGAUAUGUAACCCACAAAAAAGCACAAGGUCUUGGCCCCUUGCUGCUGCUACAUGUUCCUUUUUGUGUUACACGGACUUUUCUCCUUACUCUUCGCCCAGCAUCGGAAAUGCCAAGCACAGCUCUUUGAAAAUCUGGACGAUGGAGAGUUCUCGGCUGCCACAAGUCAGGAAUUAGAACUUUGGCAACAUAGCCCCUCCCAGCCACACCCCCAGAUUGGGAGCCAGGCUGGCCCAAGAGGCUAACGCAUCUCUCAGCACCAUGCUUCGAGGUGGCGUUCUGUACCAUCCAAAGCAGAUCGGAUCACAAUUUGGAGCCAGAUGCUGGAUGGAAAAUGGGAGAUUGAAUUUUCAAUGGACUUUGUUUUAUUGGGGGAGUUUGGGGUGUGCUUUCUGGGUUUGAUUUUUAGUCAGGUCUGGCUAAUUUUUUUUUAAAGGAAAAUGAUGUAUGUUACACCUUUUAAAUGUAAAUGUUUAAAAAUAGGCAUUUAUGUGUUUCCACAACUGACAUCCAAUGCAGACCUCAUUCUCUCCCCUUCUACCAUCUUCCUCCUUUUCUCCCUCUUUUCAUACUCUUGUAUUGGUUCUAAUAAAUGGUUGCUUUUCAAA